AUGUUAUACCCACUCCGAUUACACCCCAUCUCUCGAAAACUUCCCCUGAAACCCCCAAUGAAGAUAUCAUUCAGAUGGACGAGUACGAAUCCCUCAACACUUCUUCGACGUUGUCCUUCAUGUCAAUCACCUAUCUCACUCCCUUCUUCUCCUUGUCCUAAAUGUUCAACUCUCAUACCUCUACCUGAUAGACUAUCAUUACAUUCUUUAUUAUUCCUCUCACAACCUAUACUUUCUACUUCACAUCGAUCAUCCCAAACCUCAGAUGAUAAACCCCAAGAGAUAAUAAUUAAAGAAACCGAUCUAAACCAAGAAAACAUAAUCGAUCUUCCUUCUGAACUUUCUUCUCUUCCAGCUAGAGGUUUUAUAUUAGAUGUGAGAGAUAUAAGAAAUAGAGCAUUAGAAAGACAAAAACAAUUACAUCCAGAUAAACAUCCUUCUGUCACAGGAAGUUUAUCAAUUGAUUUAAGUGGGAAGAUUAAUAAAGCUUAUGAGAUAUUGAGUGAUCCUUUGAAAAGGGUAGAAUAUAUUCUCUCGGUACAUCACCCAGAAUUAGCAACGGCAGAGACUGACCAACUUACCGAUCCUGGUCUUUUAUCGGAAAUUAUGGAAGCUAGGGAAUCAUUACAUGAAGCUACUACUUUAGAACAAGUUGAGAAGAUAAGGGAAGAGAAUCAUCUAAAAGUAACAACAACUAUACAUUCCAUCGAAGAAACUCUUUCGUCUGAUCCUCCCGAUCUUGGGGCAGCUAAGAUCUUGGCUGUUCAACUCAAGUAUUGGCAGGGUUUAGAGAAUGCCGCGAAAGAAUGGGAACGACCAAGAUCUUGA